AUGGAAGAUGAUAACGCUAUUGAUAUUUACAAAUGGAUGUUUUCUACUAACAGUGACGAUAACUUCUAUGAUCAAAUGGAAAUGGAAAGCAACGGAACGUUGAAGAAAGUUGAGCUCAAGAUUCGGAGUAAUGUGUUGGGUGUGCGUUAUUGCAAAGAACCUAUUGAACCAAUGAUUAUUGUGUUAGAGAAAGUAUAUUUGGAAACACUUCCGGAUAAAGAUGGCAAAUUCCCAUUCGUACUGAAUCUCGAUUCUGGAUCAGUAACAUUCUUUUCAAAGAGCGAAAAGCAACGAGAGGAGUGGAUGGUAAAGAUGUCAACUUGUUCGCAUAGAAUAGCUCAGGCAGAGCUCGAUGAAGUAGCUGAUAAUUUUUUUAACACUUGCACCGUUAAUGCUUUUACUCCUUCUGCAUCCAACUCGAUGAAUUCCUUUUAUUUGACUAAUCCCGUGAAGAAGACUUAUAAAUUCUCUAUAUCGCAGAAUGUUAGUCUGCACUCUCGAAAGAUCAUGUGCGAAGAAGUGAUGUGGGAGAGCAAGUUAUGCACAACAUUACCUAUACAGCUGGUGAAAUUGUACCUAAAAUGGUGUAAUGAAAUGAGUGAACAGUUGAAGAGCCGUUUGUGGUGUUUACCUAAUGAGUAUCUGGAUCCAGUUCACGACUGCCUUAGGCAUUUAUCCACCAAUCAAGAGAUCUUCGUGAAUUCGUUGGAAUUCCUUGAAUCCUACGCUGGUCCUUCUUUUCGUUCCUCCAUGGAGAAGUUCCGUGUUGCCUUCGCAUCUGUGCCUACUAAUUUGCAUCUACAACAGUUUUUCAUUGAGGGACAUGUCUAUAGUUACCUCACCGCUGGCACUACCAGUGCCAUUCCUCUUCGUUUCGCGCAUGGUGGCUUAACAAAGCAGCGUGACUCACUCUGUAGUUCAGUGAACAAUCCAAAACAAGUCGAUCAUAUCCUCGAUUGCCGAUUUUACCGCAGACGUCGAGUUUUGCAAGCUGCGAAAUGUACGAUCGGUGAACUGUCAAGGAAAAUCGAAACUGAAUGGCAAAUUGCAGACUUCGGUAAAGUGGACAAAACUGGUAUACAAUUAAUGACUGAUAUAAAACAACUCCAUGAAAAUUUGAUUGAUUUAAUUGGCUCUUUCCCAGUUGUAUCUACAUUGAUCGAUUAUCUCUUUCAUUGGUCUCGAACUCAAAGUUCCACCACACGAUUAUUUCUUGAAAAGGAAAGACAUGUUAUACCGGAUGGUUUAGAUAGUCAGCUCGAUACAAUAGAAGCUUUUCUGAUCAGUUUGAAUACCAAAAUGGCAGUUAUCGAUUCUGUGCCCAAUAAUGAAGAUUCUAGGAAAGAGUACAUGAAUAAUGCAAGGCAAACUUUUAAUUCUGUUCUUGAUGCACUGUUGCAGCUGACGGAAAGCCUUCUUGAUGCUCAACUUUUAGGCUUGGUUUUGGCAUUAAGAAAGUCCAGUGACUGCCAACUCUAUUUUCAUAUCCAACUAAGAAGUGAUCUGGUGUUGUCUCAAGCAGUUACCAUAGUGACAACUGGAUUACUAGCUCUUUUGGAGCAGGAAUCAGCAGAACUGCCAGAUUGGUCCACUAUUGCUCCACUUGUCACUGUAUUUUCCUUCUUGUCUUGUUACGGGGACGAGCGAGGCAUGAUGGAAGAUGCAAGGGAAUGUUGGGCAUCCUUACACGACCGAGUUUUAUUCAAAUUUCUUCAUGCUACCUCAUCCGUUGCAUCGGUUUGCGUACCAACGGUUAGUGGCGACCGCUCAAAACUUAUCAUCCAAGUGCCUUUGCCACAUAGUGUACAUCAGAAUUUGUCGGAACCUCUUCGAUCGGGCUGUACAUUCAGCGUGAAUACGGUGUUCUGGAAUCUGGGCAUCAAUCAUGAAGCUACAUUCUCUCAGUCAAUUGCAGGCGAUAGCUCAUUGGAACCGUCCAUAAAUCUGGCUGCUGUUAAAGCGUUGGCUUCCUAUACUUCGACCCUGAAGGAUGUAUCACACACUGCUGAGGAGCUUGUUGCCGAACUUACCGCCACCGUAGAGGCUAAUCCGACUAACAAGAAUAUAUCAAUCUUCCGAUUAGUGAUGGCUGCGAAUGCUGCGCUUCAUGGAAUCUCAGUACUUUGUUGCAAGAGUGGAAAGGACCGUACUUCGAUGGCCAUCACUUAUGAAGAAGGGCGAAUCAUACGUGAGAACUGUGGUGUCACUGCUGAGCAGAUGGGAGAAAUGAUUGUUUGCCUUCGCCGAGAGGGUGUACGACGUGAAAAUUGUCGCAAAAACAUUGGAAAAGCAUUGUAUUCGUUCUCACCUUUCCAGAUGAAUUUCAUUCCCAAAGAGUUUCGCCCUCCUUCGGGCACUUUUGCACAGGGAAUCGCCAGCUGA